UUUCCACUUUCACCGAACAACAACAACAACAACAACAGCAUCUCUAUACCUGCAUCGUACCAAACCGAGUGGCGACGACAAUACUUCACCAACAACCGCCUCGAAUUCGCCCUCAUCUUCAGCUUGUCCAUUAUUAUCGUCGCCCGAUCUGAUCUUCGCGUGAAGGUCAAACCACCACCCCUUAUGCGACCAGAUUACCCCUUCAAGCAUCACCACCACCGCGGGCCUGCAGCACGGCAUACUGCUAGAAACCACAACCAUACUCCGUUAUCGGGGGGAGGGCCACCGCUCGAUGCCGUGGCGAUGGACAGAAGUAGAAGAUAUGAAGAUGGGGAAGUUCGGAGGUAUGGAGCGGGCGAAUCCUACCGUCCCUAUAACAGAGAUCGGUCGCCUCGGGCCAUUCGCAGUCCCUUGAGAGACCGAGGCCGUACUCCGCCCGGCGCCAGCGACAGUUAUGUCCCAAGUAGAUCCCCACGCCGCCGUUCGCGUAGUGGUGAUCGGUUGGUUGAUCGUAUAGGAGAACGUGGAGGAGAUCGUUUGGGGGACCGUCUGGUUGAUCGUAUGGGAGAUCGUGUGGGCGACCGCCUGGCUGAUCGCGUUGGUGAUCGGAUUGGAGAUCGUCUUGGAGAUCGUUUAGGUGACCGCAUUCGUGACCGCAUGGGAGAUCGUCUCGGCGAUCGUAUGGGAGACCGUUUGCCAGACCGUCUGGGAGAUCGCAUGGGAGAUCGCCCAGGCGGCAUGGGUGACCGGUACAGACGCCCGCGAGAUAGGUCCAGGGAAGCCGAGAACACUUGGAGAAGACAAGAUCGCAGCAGAAGCCGCCCUCGCAGCCCCCCUCCUCGCAGCCCUUCACCACCAAGACGGAGUCCUCCUCCCAGGAGAAGCCCUCCGCCCAGAUUUGCCUCUCCCCGUCGCGAUGAGCGACCUGAGAGAGCUCGAUCCCCCCCUCGGCGGGACUUUGAAAUACGGAGAAGAUCUAGGUCACCGUUUGACAGAGACAGAGGAAUUCGCCGGAAUCGCUCACCACUGAGAAGGACACCACCUGUCGGACCACGAGGGGGAUCUUACCGUCCUCGGUUCCGAUCUCCCGAACGCCGUGUUCGUGAUCAGGACGAUCGUUAUCCAGCCCCGGCCUAUCGACGUCCGGCGUCACCUCUGCCGCCCAGAGACUCCGUCAAUUCAUCUGCCAUUACGUCUCGCUCUGCGUCAGGCAAGUCUUCGCCGCGUCCGGGCUCUCGCCAGAGAAGAGAUGACCGAUCAAGACCUCAAUCACCGGCACCGGUAGCGGCACCGGCACCGGCGUCGGUACAGGCACAGACGCAGACACAGACACAGACACAGGCACAAGCACAAACACAAGCGCAGGCACAAACAGAGGCACCUACACCCGCACCUCGAUCCCCUCCACAACCGGCGGCGCCCACUCCAAUUCCUGUGCGUGAGACGCCCAAGCAAGAGCAACGGCCACCGGCACCAGAGCCAGCUCCCACUCCCACUCCCGUCAAGUCGCCCCCUAGAGGCCCGGCAGCUUUGAGGGCACCACCCACCGGUCCUGCGGCAGCCAGGAACCUGGCACCGCCUGCAGCGCCAUCAGCAAGCCCCGCAACUCGUCAUCCUCCUCAGACUCCCAGCGGUCCGUCCCGACCCGACACGUCCAGUCCGCCCGUACCACCUUCGGGACCACGUGGCUACGUGCCUCCUUCCCGAGGAGGCGGCUUCGCGCCCCGCGGAGGACGUGGAGGAAACAGCUGGCCAGGCAUCUCCCGUCACAAUUCCGUCACCGGCAACAACGCCAAUGGCCCCGCUGCAUCGGUUUCGCCCUCCUCCGGCGGCCCGCCCACCGGCCCCAGCAACGCCAACAACAUCCCCACGGGCCCUCGCGCAUCCGCGGCCGCCAAUGCUGCAUCAUCCGUCUCCGCCUCCGCAGGCUCAGGAGUUGUUACCUCCACCUCCUCCCCUUCUCCCUCCCUCAGCAGCUCCGCAAAGCCGUUCAACCCACCCACCGGCCCCGCGGCUCACGCCCACUCGCAUGGCCACCACGGUCCGCGCGGCCAUCAGCAGCAGUCCCUCACCCUUGCGCAAUCCCUCAUGGCCAACAUGCCCCCCAUCAUUCCCGGCGUCGGCAAGUUGGACCCGUCGAUUGGCUCGACCAUGUUGACGGGCGUCACCAAGGAUCUGGACCCGCACCACCGCAAGCUGAUGGAGGACGAGGAGCGUAUUCGGGAGGAGUUGAAUGCCAAGAAGGAGAAGCUGAGGAGGAGCUUGAGGAUGUGGAGCAAGAUGGAGAGGGAGAGCAAGGCGUUUGAGCUGAAGAGUGAUUUGAGUGAGCGGAGCUUGAAGAAUCUGGCGGGGGAGGGGUUGGGUGGUGCUGCUUUUUAGUUGAGAACGAACGAGUGGCACAUCCGUUGAUGAUAAUGGAAGGGUUACCGGACGUGUUCUGUUGAUUUUGGUAUGAUAUGGUAUGGUAUGGUAGGGGAGCAUACGAAUAGACGGUUUGUUUGCUUUGGUUUGGUGGUGCUAGACUACAGUAAGUAGUACGGCAAAUGCAUGGAUCGGGUUUCAACAAUGCAUAUAGAUUACGCAGCGAGAAAAUCAAUAAAAUACUGACGAUGACCUUGUUCUGUUC